AGGCUGGGCUCUCUCUGUGCCUGGGUAGAGCCAAGGAGGGAGUGACUUCACCAGGCUGAGGGAAUAAGGUGAGAGAGUGGUGACAGAGUGACAUUACUGUGCCAAGAAGCUUGCAGCUGGCAGCAUUGUGUCACCAUGCAGAGAUCCCCACUGGAGAAAGCCAGCAUUUUUUCACAGAUUUUCUUUAGCUGGACUAAGCCAAUUUUGUGGAAAGGCUAUAGGCAACGUCUGGAAUUAUCAGACAUUUACCAGAUUCACCCAGGGGACUCUGCAGAUAACCUUUCAGAAAGGCUAGAAAGAGAAUGGGACAGGGAGGUGGCAACAUCGAAGAAAAACCCCAAAUUAAUUAAUGCACUGAAACGAUGUUUUUUCUGGAAAUUUCUCUUCUAUGGUAUCUUAUUAUACCUGGGGGAAGUAACUAAAGCUGUUCAACCUCUUCUUCUUGGAAGAAUCAUUGCCUCUUAUGACCGUGACAAUGAGCAUGAACGAUCGAUUGCUUAUUACCUGGCAAUUGGUCUAUGUCUACUCUUCGUAGUCAGGAUGCUUCUUUUACAUCCUGCCAUUUUUGGCCUACACCAUAUCGGAAUGCAAAUGAGAAUAGCAAUGUUUAGUCUAAUUUACAAAAAGACUUUAAAACUUUCAAGCAAAGUUCUCGAUAAAAUUAGCACUGGACAACUUGUGAGUCUUCUAUCAAAUAACCUCAAUAAAUUUGAUGAGGGACUCGCUCUGGCUCAUUUUGUUUGGAUUGCACCUUUGCAAGUACUGCUGUUGAUGGGACUGCUAUGGGACUUACUCCAGGCCUCAGCAUUUUGUGGGCUUGGCUUUCUUAUCAUCCUUGCAUUGUUCCAAGCAUGGCUUGGUCGUAUGAUGAUGAAAUAUAGGGAUAAGAGGGCAGGGAAGAUCAAUGAACGACUUGUGAUAACAUCUGAAAUCAUAGAGAACAUCCAGUCUGUAAAGGCCUACUGUUGGGAGAAUGCGAUGGAAAAAAUAAUUGAAACCAUAAGAGAGACUGAACUGAAGCUUACUCGAAAAGCUGCAUAUGUGCGAUACUUCAACAGCUCAGCCUUCUUCUUCUCUGGAUUUUUUGUGGUGUUUCUUUCUAUUGUACCUCAUCUGUUACUCGAUGGCAUUUCACUCCGAAAAAUAUUUACUACCAUUUCAUUUAGCAUAGUCCUGCGAAUGGCAGUAACUAGGCAGUUUCCCUGGGCUGUACAGACAUGGUAUGACUCUCUUGGAGUGAUAAAUAAAAUACAGGAAUUCUUACAAAAGGAAGAAUAUAAAUCAUUGGAAUAUAAUUUGACAACCACAGAAGUUGCCAUGGAAAAUGUUUCGGCAUCAUGGGAUGAGGGGAUUGGAGAAUUCUUUGAAAAAGCAAAGCUAGAAGUAAAUGGAGGGAAUAUUUCUAAUGAGGAUCCAAGUGCAUUCUUCAGUAACUUUUCCCUGCAUGUUGCUCCAGUCCUCAGAAACAUUAAUUUUAAGAUUGAAAAAGGACAGCUUUUAGCAAUUGCUGGAUCUACAGGGGCUGGAAAGACUUCCCUAUUGAUGAUGAUCAUGGGAGAACUGGAGCCAUCAGCUGGUAAAAUAAAGCAUAGUGGAAGGAUAUCAUUUUCUCCUCAAGUAUCUUGGAUCAUGCCAGGGACCAUCAAAGAGAAUAUAGUGUUUGGCGUUUCCUAUGACCAAUACAGAUACCUGAGUGUUAUAAAAGCCUGUCAGCUGGAAGAGGACAUCUCAAAAUUCCCAGAAAAAGAUAAUACUGUGCUAGGGGAAGGGGGAAUAACAUUAAGUGGAGGACAGCGUGCAAGGAUUUCACUUGCAAGAGCUGUGUACAAAGAUGCUGACCUCUACUUGCUGGAUUCUCCAUUCAGUUAUUUAGACUUGUUUACAGAAAAAGAAAUAUUUGAAAGUUGUGUUUGCAAGCUAAUGGCCAAUAAAACAAGGAUUUUAGUUACAUCUAAAGUCGAACAGCUUAAAAAAGCUGACAAAGUGCUUAUUUUGCACGAAGGAAGCUGUUAUUUCUAUGGAACAUUUUCUGAACUUCAAGAUCAGCGUCCUGAAUUCAGCUCUCAUCUGAUUGGAUUUGAUCACUUCAAUGCAGAAAGAAGAAACUCUAUAAUAACUGAAACCCUGAGACGAUGCUCCAUUGAUAGUGAUCCAACAGGGGUUAGAAAUGAAGUAAAAAAUAAGUCAUUUAAGCAGGUUGCGGAUUUCAGUGAAAAAAGAAAGAACUCUAUUAUUAAUCCUCGAAAAUCAAGCAGAAAAUUUUCUGUCAUGCAGAAAAGUCAGCCACAGAUGAGUGGAAUAGAAGAGGAAGAUGUGCCGGCAGUGCAAGGAGAACGAAAACUCUCCUUAGUUCCUGAAUCCGAACAAGGAGAAGCCAGCUUGCCAAGAAGCAACAUUUUUAAUACAGGUCCUACAUUUCAAGGCCGCAGGAGACAGUCUGUGUUAAAUCUAAUGACUCGCACCUCCAUUUCACAAGGUUCCAAUGCCUUUGCAACAAGAAAAACAUCUGUUCGUAAAAUGUCUGUAAGCUCUUAUUCCAACUCAUCAUUUGAAGUGGAUAUAUAUAAUAGACGACUUUCACAAGACAGUAUUUUAGAAGUUAGUGAAGAUAUUAAUGAAGAAGAUUUGAAGGAAUGUUUCCUGGAUGAUACAGACAGCCCAUCAACAACCACCACAUGGAACACGUAUCUAAGAUUUCUUACAGCUCACAAAAAUUUCAUUUUUAUUCUUGUAUUUUGCAUAGUGAUAUUUUUAGCUGAGGUAGUUGCUUCAUCAGCUGGGCUCUGGGUUCUUAAGAGUAAUGCUCCUGUUAGCAACACGACCAGUAAUGGGAAUGGAUCUGAAAUAUCGGACACCCUUUCUGUUAUUGUAACACACACUAGUUUUUACUAUGUGUUUUACAUUUACGUCGGAGUGGCUGACUCCUUACUGGCUCUGGGAAUAUUCAGAGGUUUGCCUCUGGUACACAGUCUUAUAUCAGUUUCCAAAGUGUUACACAAGAAAAUGUUGCAUGCUAUUCUACAUGCCCCAAUGUCAACCUUCAAUACAAUGAGAGCUGGUCGGAUACUUAACAGAUUUUCAAAGGAUACAGCUAUAUUGGAUGACAUUCUACCUCUGUCAAUAUUUGACUUAACUCAGCUUGUUCUUAUUGUGAUUGGAGCAAUAACAGUGGUUUCAUUACUUGAACCUUACAUUUUCCUGGCUACAGUUCCUGUAAUUGUUGCUUUUAUUCUCUUGAGAUCAUACUUUCUUCACACAUCUCAGCAACUUAAACAAUUAGAGUCUGAAGCCCGCAGUCCAAUUUUUGCUCACCUCAUAACAAGUUUAAAAGGUUUAUGGACAUUAAGAGCCUUUGGGAGACAGCCAUAUUUUGAAACCCUUUUUCACAAAGCACUGAAUUUACAUACUGCAAACUGGUUUCUCUAUCUCUCUACCCUACGCUGGUUCCAAAUGACAAUAGAAAUGAUUUUUGUGAUAUUCUUCAUCGCUGUUUCAUUCAUCUCCAUUGCAACUUCAGGUGCUGGGGAAGAAAAAGUUGGAAUUGUUUUAACAUUGGCAAUGAAUAUCAUGAACACAUUACAGUGGGCUGUAAACGCUAGCAUUGAUGUGGACAGCUUGAUGCGUUCUGUCAGCAGAAUUUUUCGGUUCAUUGAUCUUCCAGUAGAAGAGUUGAUAAAUGAAAAUAAAAACAAAGAGGAGCAACUUUCAGAGGUCCUGAUAUAUGAGAAUGAUUACAUCAAGAAAACUCAAGUCUGGCCAUCUGGAGGUCAGAUGACAGUGAAAAACCUUUCUGCAAAUUAUAUAGAUGGAGGAAACACUGUGUUAGAAAAUAUCUCCUUCUCAUUAAGCCCUGGACAAAGGGUUGGCUUAUUAGGCAGAACUGGUUCAGGCAAAAGCACCCUGUUGUCUGCCUUUUUGAGAUUAUUAUCAACCCAAGGAGACAUUCAGAUUGAUGGGGUAUCCUGGCAGACCAUUCCACUUCAGAAAUGGAGAAAGGCAUUUGGAGUGAUUCCACAGAAAGUAUUCAUAUUUUCUGGGUCCAUUCGAAAAAAUCUUGACCCCUAUGGAAAAUGGAGUGAUGAGGAACUCUUGAAAGUCACAGAAGAGGUUGGUUUAAAGUUGAUAAUUGAUCAGUUUCCAGGACAAUUGGAUUUUGUGCUUCUGGAUGGGGGUUGUGUUCUUAGCCACGGCCACAAGCAACUCGUAUGUUUGGCCAGGUCUGUUCUCAGCAAAGCCAAAAUCUUACUACUCGAUGAGCCUAGUGCACAUUUGGAUCCAAUAACCUUCCAAAUAAUUAGGAAAACACUGAAACAUGCAUUUGCAGAUUGCACAGUAAUUUUGUCAGAACACAGACUAGAGGCAAUGUUGGAAUGCCAGCGCUUUCUGGUGAUUGAAGACAAUACAGUACGACAGUAUGAUUCUAUUCAAAAGCUUAUGAAUGAGAAGAGUUUCUUCAAACAAGCCAUAAGUCAUUCUGAUCGCUUGAAACUAUUCCCAUUACAUCGUAGAAAUUCGAGCAAACGAAAAUCCAGACCCCAAAUUUCUGCCUUACAAGAAGAAACAGAAGAGGAGGUCCAGGAAACAAGACUCUAAUCAUGGAAUAUACAGCUUAAAAGACAUUUUAUGUUCUCAGUGUAACCAUUUCUCUUUGCCUAAUACAGCCAUACGGUCAUGUCAUUCAAUAGGUUGAGUUCAAAUCUGACCUUGCCUGAAGUGCAGUUGGUUAUCGACUAAUUUGCUCAGCUUUUACAUGAAAAAAAGGUUGAGACGUGGUAAAGAUUUUCUCUGUAUUCUCUGUAGGGUUCAUCUGUUACUUGCUAAUCCCAAAGGGUUUAGGAAUAUUUAUGUUAUUAUUAGAAAACUGGAAGUACUAUAGAAUUUAAACUAGAAAAAAAGAGGAGUGUAGAUUUUCUCUUGUUCUUUAUUCCUACUGAAAGAUAAGGUGGCUGAGGUAUAGGCCAUCAUAUGGAUAACGUAUCCUUCCUCUGUUCAUCUGUAGGUAUGCACAUGACCUAGCAUUUUGUUUGUUACACCUUGAUAUUUUAUUCCCAUACGUACUGGCUCCUUUCCCUGGGGAAUAAACAUUGCUGUAAUUAUAUACUGGUUUGGCUCCUCCCCCAACUACAUGAAUGCAGUAAUAGGCUGUUAUGGCCUGUAAUAAUGGUAUAAAUCAUGCUAAAAUAUUUACUUUUAGAGGUAUAAAAAACACAAUAAGGUAAAUCCCUUUGAUUUGAGUUUCUAAAUAAUUAACUAUCAUACAGCGAUCAAGUAUAUUAUUCAUUUAAAAGCUACAAUACAUUACUGUAUAGUCAGUUACCAUUGUUCUUUUCAAAUAGUAUGAGCUUGGUGUGUAAGCUAUACUACAGAGCUGAGAUAGAGUCUUUAUACUCAUGAUUGCUUAUAUGGAAUUUAUGGUCAUUAUAGUUAUUCUCCACAUUUUCGUGUGAUUUGCAACCCCCAGGUGUGCCUUAUAUAUUAAUCUACUUCUUGUAUCUUUAGCUAGCUAUUUGUUGUGCUGUAGUUCAACAACAUACAGAAAGCUGCACGUUAUUAUAUUAAUAUAUACUUAUGCAAUCAGUAUUUGGUAUUAAAGUAUUUGGACAAAACAGCAUCACCCGCAGCAAACAUAAUUGCACUUUUAUAAUACAGUGAAGCUAUCAUCGUUUUCUAUUUAUUUUUAACUUUAAAAAAUGAUUUGUAAAAAAAAAUAUAUAUAUAAUGAAGGACUGUAAACUUUUAUGUGUAAAAAUGAUGAACACGAUCAAUAUUAAAAUGGGGUUAUGAAAUAAAAGGCACUAAGUUUGCCCAGGAGCAGUAACCCAAAGCAACCAAUCAGCAGGUAGCAUUUACUGGUCAACUGUUGAAACGCAAUCAUCUUAUUGGUUGUUAUGGGUUACAGCACCUGGGCAAACUUAGUGCCUUUUAUUACAUAUAGGGGUUAAACUGCAUUGUACCAAAGCACAGGCCAGAACUGAUUCAAGCUGGCAAAUAGUUUAGAAUGAAAGGUGUAACCCUCUCAACGACUUUACUUAUUGCAAAAUAUCCAACCCGAGACCUGAACUUUUUAUUAUGUACAGGGGCAGCUAAAAAAUAUAUAUAUGUAUGAAAGUUUUUCAGAUUAGCUCAUUUUAAAUAACCCUCUUAGAAAAGAAUCAGUGGGCAGUCAGGAACUGGCCUAUAUAAAUGGAAUAUAUACCAUUAGAAUGAGUAGCAAGAACACAUUGGUGAAAAACAAGUGUCACCCAUUGGAGAGCACAUGGUUGGUAACAAACAAUUCCAACGCUUCCAAGACCAGGAAUAAUAUAUAAAAGAAGCUUUUUUGCAAAGUAAACAGUGGUAGGAAUAUUGGAAAAAGACUACCAGACUGUGGUAUUCACCCAAUAUACUAGAUGACUUGGCCUGUACAAUGACAAUGCAUUUACUAUUGCUAGGAAUUACCAAGUCCUCUUUAUCAGGACUGAUGAGUACACAUUGCAGUGGCUUUGUAUGUGAAUCUGAGCCAUGACAAGCACAAAGUCUCGACUUGUUUUCCAGUAAUGUGAUCCAUUUUAUAAAUCAGAUGUAACUUGAAAUCCAAUAAUCUAGAUUGAGGCAUGACUGCAACCAUACACUAUAUGGUGAAUGUAUGUAAAUGUAUGGGAUUUAUUCAUAAAACACAAAUCUGCCAUUAUAUGUCUGUUGGAUAGAUUUGUGGAUAUUGUCUCUGGAAUAGAAUAUUUAUUUCAUUUUGUAAGUUUAUUAAUAUAAUGUAUUUAAGUGAUUCAGUAAUGCACUAUUUGGAACACAGAAAUUUGCAUACCGGUAUAUAAAAGUAGUCAUGAUUUUUCCAAUAUAUUUUGAAUUAUUUGAACAGUAUUUAAUUUUCCAUCACUUUUUAUAACUACUUUUUCUACUUGUUAACACUAUCAUGAGAAUAAAAGAGCAUACACGUGAUUUUGUUCUUAGUGCUAGUGUCGAGCGAAACUGUCAGUUAAUAUUCUUGUGCCAUUUCAUGAAAAUCCAAUUAUGCUGAAACGUUUAGUCGGAACACUGCCUCCCAAAUACACUUCUUGGAAGUGUUUUGGGAACUUAAAAUCAAUGUACUAAAUUGUUAAAUAAAAUUGUUACAAUGCUCA